CCUGCACACGUUUCCUACACGACGUCAGCAGCGCCCGUGGGCUUCGCUCACCGAAACUAACGAUAUUUAGUCUUUAACUGAACAAAAACAACAAAAUUAAUACAAAAACUUCCUCAGGUCUCUGUCUGGCGUGUCUGCUCCUGUUAUCUCGAUGUUUUUGUUGCUCUAAGUGAAGCAGAAGCUCUGAAAGAAGACCUUUUUCAGCUCACCUUUCCAGAGCUUUGUUGGGGGAUCGUAGCCACUUCCUGAAAGCCUCUCAGGGGCUGCUGGGAGUUGACCGUCUCCACUGUCCGCCAGCAUCUGAGCAGGAAUGCGAGAUGAGGAGGCCAAGGGAACGGAUGUCUCUUUCUUUCUUCACUGAACUGAAAAUAGCUCGUCUUCACAGCGUUUGUGUCUAAUGAAGAACUGGAGAAGCAUUCUGGGUCGAGCAGAGGAUAAACAUAGACUGUAGACAUCUCCCGCACACAUUGAAUCAACAACCAUGACAGAGCAGAAGGCGCUGGCACCAGCGGCCGGCCUAACUUGGGCACGGGUGUGUAAGGAGUGUGGCCAAGGCCACGAAGGCCAGGACAGCCAUUUGUACGAGUACCAAGACGAUGUGGACGAUGAGCUGGUGUGCCACAUCUGCCUGCAGCCCCUGCUGCAGCCCAUGGACACCCCGUGCGGACACACGUACUGCUAUCAGUGCCUCAGCAGCUUCCUGCGAGACCAGGACUUCUGCCCCGUGGACCGGCAGCGGCUCCAGCUGCAGCAGUGCCGCUCCUCCAGCCUGCUGGUUCGCAACCUCUUGGACAAGCUGACCGUGCUGUGCCCUUUCCACAGCGAGUGUCAGCAGAGCAUGCAGCGCUGCGAGCUGGAGCCUCACCUGCACAACAGAUGUCCUGCGUUCAGGCGGCUCAGGGAGGAGGCAGAGAGGAGGAAGAGGCCCUGCUGGAACGAGUUAAAGGGAUGUAAGACGGAAGGAGAGUCCGACACCAAAUCCAAUCCUGCCCUCACACGCACAUUUAAUCCCCGCGGGCCUCCGGAGCCCGGCCUGGUCAAUCCCGCCUUCGAUGAGGGAGAGGAUGUAGCUCCCCUCAGGUCCAGUCUGGUGGCCGAGGCGAACGUGGUGGAGCUGUUUCGAGAGGAGCCAGAGGAAGAUUUGGGUUUACGCAUAGUGGGCGGGAAGGACACGCCCCUCGGGAGCAUCGUCAUUCAGGAGAUCGUGCGUGACUCCAUUGCCGCCCGCGACGCCAAGCUGGCCCCAGGAGACCACAUUCUAGAGGCGAACGAUGUCAGCCUGUCCUCCGUCCCCCACUCUCACGCCGUCGCUGUGCUGCGAAGGCCAUGUAGCGUCGUCAGGCUCACCGUCAUGCAGGAGAAGGGUUUCAAACCCCGACCCGAACACCACCCGCACCCCUCCACCUCCCCUCCGGCCCACCCGGCUCACAACCUCCACAACCCCGGCACCGUCAUCCAGGUGACUCUGGUGAAGCGCGACCGCUCCGAGCCCCUCGGGAUCAAACUCAUCCGCAAAUCCGAAGAGCCGGGAGUCUUCAUCCUGGACCUGCUGGCAGGAGGGCUGGCGGCCAAGGACGGAAAACUGCGCAACAAUGACAAAGUGCUGGCCAUCAACGGCCACGACCUGAGACACGGCACACCUGAGAGCGCCGCUCAGAUCAUACAGGCGAGCGAAGUACGUGUGAACUUUGUGGUGAUGAGACAGCUGGACUCGGCUGAGGAGGGAGGUGAUGCUCAGAGCAGAGGGGCUAGAAGAAUCUCUGAAACUCAGUAUUUCAGACGGCGCUCCACAUUCAUGAAGGAUCCUCCUGGUGGAUUCUCUAGUCAGGAGAAAACCGUGAAUCUGAAGAAAGAGCCACGCCACUCGCUGGGCAUCACAAUCGCAGGAGGGAGGGACUGCCGCAGUCGCUUGCCUGUGUACAUCACCAGCGUGCAGCCUGUGGGCUGCCUCCACAGAGACGGCACCAUCAAACCAGGUGAUGUGUUGCUAAGCAUCAAUGGUGUUGACCUGACCCAGCUGACCUAUAAUGAGGCAGUGACUGCACUGAAGACCCAGACUGCUCAGAACACAGUGGCGCUGCGGGUCAUCCGGACCGUCUCUGAGGAGGAGGAGGAGGACGGUGACGCUGCCAACAAGGAGGAGAUGGACACCCUGGAGAACCCCAGAGAGGAUGACAUUAACUGGUCCCCACUGUGGACCCGCUGGUUGGGUCUGCCCAGCCACAUGCACUGGUGUCGUGACAUUGUGCUGUUGAAGACCAACAAUGAGAGCUGGGGCUUCAGUAUAGUUGGAGGGUAUGAAGAGAGCCGAGGCCAGCAGCCGUUCUUCAUCAAAACCAUUGUGCCUGGAACUCCUGCCCACUUCGAUGGGCGUCUCAAGUGCGGAGAUGAGAUCGUGGCUGUGAAUGGAGCCACCACAGUGGGCAUGAACAACUCGUCUCUGAUCCCCAUGCUGAAGCUGCAGAAGAACAAAGUCACACUCACUGUGGUCUCCUGGCCUGGCAGCAUGGCGUGAGGACUGGAUCCACACUGCACAACGUCAGACUGGAACCUUCCACUACUGCUGAUGGUUCACACAUACCUAUAUAUGAUAUAACGGAUCACAGACAACAAUCUGAACAAUAUUUUACUCGAGAAGAGUGAACUGCACAUUCAGAAAAGGCACAAGAGGGCAAAGCAUCAGGAAAGUUCGACAAUCACUGACUUUGACUUUAAUUCAGCUGAAGAGAGAUUGCUUUAUGUUGAGAGGCUGCAUUAUCCUCCAUUAUCCUGGAUAAAAUGUUUAAAUAGCUGUUGUUCUGAUUCUGGUGGUGUUGAAAGAGCCCUGUUGGACUGUUCUGUUCUUUUCUAAUGGAGGUGCAGCUAAGCACAUGGACACUAUUCUGAAAACAUCUUAAGUUUUUUUUUUAAUUCAAGAUAAUUACCUUUAAACUUUAAAAAGUUUAAAGUUGUUAUCUGUGUGGUAAUCAGGACUGACAUGCAUAAUCAUGACCAUCCUUGAUUUGUUUGGUUAAGCUUGACAGGUUGGUUUAGGUGUGGAUGGUUAUGACUUAACAGUUACGACACUACAUGAGAUGAGACCUCACCACAGUCUUGCAUCACUGGCCUCUCUGAUUGGACCGUUUGUAUCUUCUCUAUUUUGUUAUCUUUACCUGUUUUAUUGGAUUUUAUGUAGCGGUUCACAGGUGUUGAUGAUGACUGUUGUUAAACUGUUGUUAGAGUUCAUCACUACAAUUUUUGGGACACAAUUCUGGAAAGCUUCUUGGCACAGCAAUGAUUUUUAAACAGUAGUAGAGUGAGAAUUACAUUAAACACACUCUAGAGUAGUUAAAGUGAUGUUUAAGCUCAAAUCCCAACAUUUUUGGCAUAUCUCGAUUCCAUCCAGAUCCAAAACCUAUUUUUGAAUAGCACGUAUAACCAGAAACCACAUAAAAAUUGCUGUUAUUUUUUGCAAAUUUGCUCCAAACCUCAUUUAGAGGUGGUUUGGAUUGAUGCCAAUCUUUUUACCACAGCAACCCACAAAGACAUGUCCGUUUGUGAUGUUCAGACAUGCAAAUCCGAUCUUAUUAUAUGAUAUAUAUAUUGUAUAUAACAAUCCAGACAGUCAGAUUCACCUGCAGUCUCCCAGAUCCCUGUUUGAUACAUAAUAAAGAGUGUCUUUAUUUUACGGUUGCCUUUUAUAUGCAUAGAAAUUAGUUAGUUCACAAUUAACUGCCUUAAUUGUCUCUAUACCACAAACACCAUAAAACUGUUGUUUCAUUUUUAUUCCACCUCUGUUUGAGGAUACUGUUGCUGUCAUGCAAAAAAAUUAGAUUUUUAGAUUUUUGACUUAUAAUAUAAUGUCAAAAUUGCUGGAAAUCUGAUUGUGUCAUAAUAAAUAGACCAAUAGAAAUGCCCGAAAACCAAAUUUACAUUGAUUUCUAUUGAAGGCUAUUUUUUUUCUCUUCUAAAGUUUUCAAGUACUUGAUAUACAAGAAUAUACAAUUUUUUUGCAUGACAGUAAUGAUAUUUAGCUGUAUACAAAAGUUUGGAUCUCCUCUUAUUUAAAUGUCUUUAAACAAAUUACAUUUUUUCUUACAGUUUAAAAUUUUAGAGCACAGUGAUAACGGCAAAAAUUUACCAAUGUGUAAAAUUAAGAAAAUAAAGCAUUAUUUUAACCAUUUCAACAUAUUUUCCAUUUUAAUUUGGGUGCACAAACUUUUGCAUACUAGUGUUUGUUCAGAUGUAUGCUUGUUCCUGUUUGAGUGGAAUUUCUUCGCAAUAUUAUCACUAAAGCUGUUAUAGAAGUGGUUAUAAAUGAUGCGGAUCUAUUUUUUGCUGGUGUUGUAGAUACAUUAUAUACAAUAUUACAAUAAUUCAGGCUCUUUUAUAAGCUCCCUCUUUCCUGGCCUUUGGGGUCGGCGUCUCUGUCUCUUUCUCGUCUGCCUUUUUAAUUUCUGUAGAUAUUCUAAAUAUAUUUAUAUACUUUAAUGAUUUACAUGAUGUACACCAAUCUUGCUCGACCAAUAGUGAGAUAUUUUUGUGAGACCUGUGAUUAAAAUGCUGUAUAAUAAAACAAAACACAUUUU